AGGAGAGCGGCUGUGCGGCGGCGCAGAGCGCGGAGGUGUGGGGGGAAAAAGUUGCCAAGGGAUAAUACAAACUGCACAGAAAAAAAGUGGGCCAGGAGACGUGCCAACUUCCCAUAAGCUGGGGCAAUGGAAGAACUUCCAGAACUCUAUGAAGUUUUCCAAGGAGAGGUUGCUUCUGUGACAGAAUAUGGAGCAUUUAUAAAAAUUCCAGGAACAAGGAAACAAGGCCUUGUACACAAAAGUCACAUGUCACACUGCCGAGUAGACAAACCCUCAGAGAUGGUGGAUGUCGGCGAAAAAGUAUGGGUGAAACUUAUAGGAAAAGAGAAGAAAGAUGACAAGCUAAAACUUUCUCUUUCCAUGAAAGUUGUUAAUCAAGGAACUGGAAAGGAUCUGGACCCCAACAAUGUAGCUCUUGAUCAAGAUGCACGGAAGAAACGCUCAUUCAAAGACUACACCAGCCAGAAGAUCACUCUAGAAGCUGUCCUGAACACAGUUUGCAAAAAGUGUGGUUGCCCAGGACAUUUUGCAAAAGAUUGCUUCAUGCAGCCAGGAGGGACCAAGUACACCCUUAUACCAGAGGAAGAUGAAAUCCCUCCAGAAGAUGAUAAGAAGGCAUGCCAAUCAGAGGAUUCUGUAAAGAAGAGAAAAAAGGAAAAAAAGAAAAAAAAGAAACACAAGAGCAAAAUCCCUUCUGAAUUAGAGGAUUCUGACAGCGGUGAUUCAGACAGUGGUGUUCAGCCAGCCAGGAAGAAGGCAAAACAGACUGAAAAAGCCAGUACGUCCCAAAAGAGAAAGAAGAAGAAGCACCAUAAGAAGAAGCACAAGGAAUGAGGAGGAGACAACGGGCCCUGCUCUAAUGCGGCACCUGCCUCCCACCCCUCUGGCCUCCUGUUAUCAGCUGGAGAAAAGAACAGCUGAGCCAGCAUGACUUGCACUAAGACUAAGACAAAAGUCCCCCCCCCAUUUCUUUAGUGUUGGUCCCUAUGAAUUUUCACAAGGGUUGCCCCUUUUCUCCCACAAAGCAGGAAAGAAGGCACCAGCUGCAGUUUGGUGUUCCUUGUCCCAGAUGUUGCGCUCAUGCGUGUGACACUCUUCUCAUUCUGUAGUUCCGUUUCUUCUGGGCAAGGUGCCAGGACUCCAGACAGUUCCUCUGGAACAACCCUGAGCGAUCUGCCAGAAGUGUGCACGGCAUCCAAAAUCAGUGCAGUUUCCUUAGACAGGAUGACAGCUGUGCAUUCAUUCAGCAUCUGCCAGUUAUUUGCUGCAUGCCAGCAGAAGGAGCAGUGGACACAUCUGAGAUGGGCUGAUUGGUUCAGAACAAAUCACCCCACUGCAUCUCCUUGUCCCCUUUGUCUCUAGUGCUGAAGAAGCGGGGAAAUUGCCAGCCACUGGCACUCUCGGAUUUAAAAAAUGGAAAGUGAGCCAAGUGGUUAACUUAAGUAUGAAAUAAAGGUUUUUCUCUCUCUCAUGA